AUGGACCCUUCUGCGAGCGGCUCCGACCCUACGGUGCCACUUGUGGCCUUCACAAACUCGUCUUUACCCACUGGAGGAGACAGCAGGCUAGAUAACCUCAAUGUCUUUUACAAUGCGGGCGAUAUCGCGUGGAUGCUCACAUCAACGGCCCUCGUGCUUCUCAUGAUUCCCGGUGUUGGCUUCUUCUAUUCCGGUCUGGCACGUAGGAAGUCGGCCUUGUCGCUGCUAUGGCUCUCCGUCAUGGCGACGGCAGUCGUCUCUUUCCAGUGGUUCUUCUGGGGCUACUCGCUCGCCUUCUCGCACAACGCGGGCAAAUUCAUCGGUGACCUCGACAACAUCGGCCUCAGGAACGUGCUUGGCUACCCUUCGGUUGGCAGUCCGCGUAUUCCUGAUCUGCUUUUCUGCGUCUACCAGGGCAUGUUCGCUGCUAUCACGGUCGCUCUCGCCGUCGGUGCUGUUGCCGAGCGAGGAAGAAUGCUCCCAUGUAUAAUAUACAUGUUCAUCUGGACGACCGUGAUCUACGACCCUAUUGCGUGCUGGACCUGGAACCCCAAAGGCUGGACCUUCCUAUUGGGUGGACUUGAUUUCGCAGGUGGAACUCCUGUCCAUAUUGCCUCCGGCACCGCAGCACUCGCCUAUUCCUACAUGCUCGGCAAGCGUCGAGGCCACGGCACGCAAGAGCUGAACUACCGACCUCACAAUGUCACGCACAUCGUGAUCGGCACCGUGUUCCUUUGGGUCGGGUGGUUCGGCUUCAAUGCUGGGUCCGCCCUGUCUGCUAAUCUGCGUGCUGUCAUGGCAGCCGUGGUUACCAACCUUGCUGCUUGCACGGGCGGUAUCACUUGGUGCCUCGUCGAUUAUCGACUUGAGCGCAAGUGGUCCACCGUUGGCUUCUGCUCGGGCGUCAUCGCCGGCCUGGUCUGUAUAACACCCGGAUCGGGAUUCGUGCCUGCCUGGGCCGCCGUCAUCUUUGGUGUAGUCGGAGGUGUUGCGUGCAACUACGCUACAAAGCUCAAGUACUUCCUUCGCUGCGACGAUGCUCUCGAUAUCUUCGCUGUGCACGCCGUUGGUGGUCUCUGUGGCAAUAUUCUGACCGCUUUCUUUGCAGCUGACUACAUUGCUCAUUUGGAUGGCUACACGGUCAUCCCCGGCGGCUGGCUCAACCAGCACUACAUGCAGCUGGGCUACCAGCUCGCCGAUUCCGUCUCCGGCGGAGCAUACAGUUUCGCAGGAACCUGCCUUAUCCUCGGCGCCCUCGACUUCAUCGGCAAAUUCCUCCCCAUCUUCAAGCUCCGCGUAAGCGACGAAGACGAAGUCCUAGGUCUCGAUGACGUCGAAAUCGGCGAGUUUGCUUACGACUACGUCGAGCUCACGCGCGAGGUUGCCAGUGCCGACGACGUCGACGAGGGCCUCUCCACACACUCCCUCGAGCAGCACGCUUCCAACAUGGGCAUGCACGAGAAGAACCAGGAGAGCGUGGACUCGAGUCACCAGUUGGCUGAGUGGGCUCAUCGUGCAUAA